AUGGAUCGCACCCCAGGGAAACGCUCCUUCGAGCAGGUAGAUCAGACCACCGACGAAGCCGUCAACAACACGCGACACCAUCCCACUCCACGCACCACCACCGGCCAACGUUUCGGCCAAGACACGUCCUUCGUGCCCCUCAGCCAAUCGGGCGAGGACGAAGACGACGCCCACGCAACAGAUCUCAUCCAAGGAAGCCAAGAUGCUGGUGAUGAUGUUUCCACGUACAUUCACUAUGGGGACCUGAAGGCCAAGAUUGUCGGCGUGCGGUACUAUCGCGGACAUGCUACGAUCGGGGAACAUGUUCGCGUUGUGCGCGAUCCCGGGAAUCCGUAUGAUUCGAAUGCGAUCCGCGUGGAUAAUGUCAUGGGGCAGCAGAUCGGACAUAUUCCGCGCACGGUGGCGGCGAAGCUGGCGAAGUAUUUGGAUGAUAGUUCUCUUGUCGUUGAUGGAGUCUUGACCGGUGUGAUUGGCACUUUUGAUUGUCCUAUUGUUCUGAAGCUGUUCGGGACUAGUCAGCCGGAGGCCAGACAGGCGCUGAAGAGUCGGAUGGAGAUGGAUAAUCUGCCUCUCGGAGGGUUCAAGCAGAAUGAGCGCAAUGAGAAGAAAUUGGAGAAGGAGCGGGAGAAGGCGAGAAAGGAGGCAGCGAAGCAGGCUAGAUCGCUUGCUAAGGGCAAAGGGAAGCAGUUCCAGGGAGAGAAUGCACUGGGGUAUUCAAAUCUCUUCACUGGGGAAGGGCUCGUUGAAGGCGAGGACCUGGACGAACUUAUCGGCCAGAGCAGCACUUUCAAUCCACGCGAUAUCGGCCAUGUCGCCGAGGACUUUGGUAUGAAGGAAUCUGACUUGGAGAAUAUGCCGAUGGCGGAGUCUCCGGCUGCUCUGGCGACAGAGCUUCUUCCGUAUCAGCGUCAAGGGCUUGCUUGGAUGAUUGCUAAAGAGAAUCCGGGUCUUCCUGGCGAUGGGGAUGAUGUCGUGCAGCUCUGGAAGAAGAAUGGGAACAAGUACACCAAUAUUGCUACCAACUACUCUAUGACGCAGGCUCCGCCUCUUGCGAGCGGUGGUAUACUCGCUGAUGAUAUGGGACUGGGCAAGACUAUCCAAAUCCUUUCACUGUUACUGGUCAAUUCUCAGCCCAAGACUCCGGAGUCCUCCAGGACCACGCUGAUCGUGGCUCCAGUCGGUGUGAUGAGCAAUUGGCGAAACCAGGCGCUUGUUCAUACUCAUAGCGACAAAGCCCCGAAGGUGCUGAUAUACCACGGGCAGGGGAAGAAGGAAGCGAGCAACCUUGACCAGUAUGAUGUGGUUGUUACAAGCUAUGGUGCCCUGGCAAUGGAGUACAGCCCGAAUGUCAAAGCACCACCGAAGAAAGGCCUCUUCUCCAUCCAUUGGCGCCGUGUCGUCUUAGACGAAGGACAUACCAUUCGCAACCCACGGUCCAAGGGUGCCCUGGCAGCUUGUAACCUGAGGGCGGGUUCACGAUGGACUCUUACGGGAACGCCCAUUGUCAACACACUGAAGGACCUCUACUCCCAGGUCCGCUUUCUGAGACUGACUGGUGGCCUCGAGGAUCUGGCCGUCUUCAAUAGUGUCCUGAUACGACCUCUGUUGUCCGGGGACCCCGAUUCCCGCCUUCUACUCCAAGCCUUGAUGACAACUAUCUGCCUACGCCGCAGGAAGGACAUGAACUUUGUGAACCUGCGUUUGCCACCCCUCACAUCCCGCAUCCUGCGCAUCAAGUUCCACCCCCACGAGCAAGAGAAAUACGACAUGUUCCAAUCCGAGGCCAAGGGCAUGCUCCUGGACUUCAAAUCCAAAGAUAAAACCACCACCAAUUACUCUCACCUCCUCGAAGUAAUCCUCCGUCUCCGACAAGUCUGCAACCACUGGGCUCUCUGCAAAAACCGACUCGACAAGCUCGCCGACCUCCUCGAAAACAACAAAGUCGUCCCCCUAACCCCCGAAAACAUCAAAGCCCUCCAAGACAUGCUCCAAAUCCGCAUCGAAAGCCAAGACACCUGCCCCAUCUGCCUCGACAACCUCGAACAACCCGUAAUCACCGCCUGCGCACACGCCUUCGACCGAUCCUGCAUCGAACAAGUCAUCGAACGCCAACACAAAUGCCCCAUGUGCCGUGCCGAAAUCCCAGACACCGCAACCCUAGUCUCUCCCGCCGUCGAAAUGGGCGAAAGCACAGACACCGUGGACGCCGACCCCGACAAUCCCAGCAGCAAGAUUGAAGCCUUGAUCAAAAUCCUCACAGCACAGGGUCAAGCGUCCGGAACCAAAACCGUCAUCUUCAGCCAAUGGACCUCCUUCCUCAACCUCAUCGAACCUCACCUCCUCCGCCACGGCAUCGGCUUCGCCCGCAUCGACGGCAAAAUGUCCUCCAUCAGCCGCGAUAACUCCACCCUGCGCUUCUCCACCGACCCAUCCUGCACCGUCCUCCUUGCUAGCUUGAGCGUUUGCAGCGUCGGAUUAAACCUCGUAGCAGCUAACCAGGCCAUUCUCUGUGAUAGCUGGUGGGCUCCCGCUAUUGAAGACCAAGCCGUCGACCGUGUAUACCGACUCGGUCAGACGCGCGAAACCACCGUAUGGCGACUCGUCAUGGAGGAUAGUAUCGAGGAUCGCGUACUGGCUAUUCAGGAGAAUAAGCGGAAGCUGAUGCUCGAGGCGUUCAGGGAGACGGCGACGAGGAAGAAGGUCGAUGACAGAGCGACGAGGGUGGCGGAUUUGGAGAAGUUGUUGAAGUAGUUUCAGCUGUGCAAAAUAAUACUUUCAGUGGGCUAAGGGAUAUAUGGGUUGAUUUUCUUGUUUCUAGCUUUGUAAUCGGUUUCUGUGUGGUGAUAAUUGUUUAUUCUUCCUUCCGGCAUUACUUUCUUCACGUCCCUGUUUACUUUCAUGACACUUGUUCUCACUUAGAAUCCUC